AUCCGACAGAUCCUUCUUCUUGUAACAACACAACAGAUAUAACUGGGUGUUGUCAGCUGUACAAUACACAGAUAACGUCACAUAUAUAUACAUAUAUCUCACACCCGUCAGAUCUACACAAUGUCCGACACAGAAUUUGAACAACCAGAAAAUCUCGAUAAUCCCCUUCGAAUAAUAAUAGUACUCAAUUCACCAAGUCAUCCAGAUGGCGAGAUGCAAGAUCGAUUGCUUGACACUAUUCAAUCAAUGGAAGAAGUAAAUGAUUUCUUUGAUGAAUUUGACUCGAAAGUAUGUAUUCCUAACGAAGGUCAUAUUCAGUAUGAAGUUGGUAGUGAUGGAAUGGUUGUUGUUCUUGUUGAUUCUGAAGAGUUGAUGGGCGAUGCCUUGAAGUUUAUUGAUGGGUAUUCCACAGUUGAAAAUGAGGAGCAAGACGAUGAAGAAAGAGACGGGAAGAAGAAAAAGAGGGUAUGAGAUAGUGUGGUUAAGUACUUGCCACUUGGUGUAUAUUAGAGUUUACAAAUAGAUAAUAGAACUGGAUUUUUUUUUUGAAUGUAGAUAUCAUAUAAUGUAGAUAUCAUAUAAUGU